GUGAACCAAAUCUUACCACCCAACCCCCACCCCCUUUCUCUCUCUCUCUCUAAAUGAACUAUGGAAGCUGGGUCACAAGAUUCGUCAUCUUUGGCUGCUCCUCUCAUUGUUGAUGAGAAGACACACCUGCUAGGAGAGGCAGAGGAAGUAGAAUCAAAUGUUUGUCGUCUCAAAACAAGCACUACAUCUGUUUUUACUACCUGUUUCCAUGGACUUAAUGCUUUGUCAGGAGUUGGGAUACUGUCAAUCCCCUAUGCACUGGCUUCAGGAGGAUGGUUGAGCUUGAUACUUCUUUUCUUCAUAGCCUCUGCAGCAUUCUACUCUGCUUUGUUGAUUCAAAGAUGUAUGGAGGCAGAUUCAGUUAUCAGAACUUACCCAGACAUUGGCGAACGUGCCUUUGGGAGCAAGGGGAGACUUGUUGCUUCUGUUUUCAUGUAUAUUGAACUCUACUUUCUCGCAACAGGGUUCUUGAUUCUGGAAGGAGAUAAUUUGCAAAAACUAUUACCCAAUGUGGAAUUUGAUAUUGCAGGACUAACAAUUGGUGGGAAACAAGGCUUCAUAAUCAUUGUUGCCCUUAUCAUCUUGCCUUCUGUUUGGCUGGAUAAUUUGAGCCUUCUUUCAUACAUCUCUGCUAGUGGGGUUAUAGCUUCGGCUAUCAUCCUAGGUUCAAUCAUCUGGAUCGGUGCAUUUGAUGGAAUUGGGUUUCAUCAUAAGGGAACACUCCUAAACUUGAGUGGAAUCCCUACUGCUGUCAGUUUAUAUGCCUUCUGUUACUGCGCCCAUCCAGUCUUCCCUACCCUUUACAAUUCCAUGAAAAAGAAGCACCAGUUCUCCAAUGUCAUGCUUCUUUGCUUCAUUUUGUGCACCCUGUGUUACGCUUCAAUGGCAAUCUGUGGCUACCUGAUGUUUGGGUCGAACAUCAAGUCACAGAUAACAUUAGACCUUCCAAUCCAAAAGCUCAGUGCUAGAGUGGCAAUCUACACCACCCUGGUCAAUCCCAUAGCCAAAUAUGCGCUGAUGGUUACACCACUUGUAAAUGCCAUUAAAGGUUGGUUCCCGUACGAGUGCAAAAAGAAGUCAUGUAGCUUCCUGGUCAGUACCUCCUUGGUGAUCAGCACUACUGUUGUAGCUCUUGCUCUUCCUUUUUUCGGUUAUCUUAUGUCUUUGGUUGGAGCAUUCUUAAGCAUCACAGCUUCAAUUAUACUGCCCUGCUUAUGUUACUUGAAGAUAUCAGGAACUUACAAGAGAUUUUGCUGCGAUAUGGUAGUCACCGUCAGCAUAAUACUGAUGAGUGUCGCCGUUGUGAUAUUCGGCACCUACACAUCUCUUAUGGGGUUAAUAUAUAAACUUUCAUCCACGAGUGCCAGAUGAGCAGAUAGCAGUUUUGUGCUCAGUGCGGAAAUGUUUUCUUUGAUGAAGGCAGCGUGUUUGGAAGAUACUUUAGACUAUGUAGCAACUUCUAAGGAAUGUUUAAAUGUAGAUUUCUAUAGCAACUUCUAGGGAAUGUUUAAAUGUAGAAUUCUAUGUACUCGAGGCAGUGCCUCAAUAAUCUUCUAGUGAGUUGACGUGGCUAGGAUCUUAAAACUUUUUAGCUCCCUAAAAUGACCUAUUGUCUCAAGUUCAUACGGAGUGCUGUUGCAAUCUACUAUUAAACAGUUGAUUAGCAAUAAUUACAGUAAUCCAGA